AUGUGGACUGGACUAGAUGGCAAGGUUUCUAUAUACGAGCUGCUGACGGAGACGUACGGUACAAAAUCGGCAUCAUAUCUGGCUACACGUACUCUGAAGCAACUGGCAUCCAACGAGCUGGAGCGGUUUCCUCUGGCGGCUACGACGAUCGAAGAAGACGAGUAUAUGGACGACGUUAUUUCAGGAGCGGGCGACGUCGAAUCUGCGAUCGAAUUGAGGCGACAACUCGACGCAGCGAUGAUCAGCGGAGGAUUUAAACUGCGAAAGUGGGCUUCUAACCGUCCGGAAGUACUCGAAUGGCUUCCGAACGAAUGUUUGGCGUUACCGGAUGCAAACGGUAUUGAUUGGGACCAGAACGCGGAGGUGAAAGCAUUGGGCUUAACAUGGCUACCCAACGUUGAUCGUUUUCGGUACAAGUUCGAGAUUCUUUCUCUCACCGCAAACCAGAUUCUUACGAAGCGACAAGUGCUGUGCUACAUAGCGAGGCUUUUCGAUCCGCUUGGUCUGCUCGGAGCAACGAUUACCUCAGCGAAGGUUUUUAUGCAGCGGCUUUGGUGCUUGCAAAACGAGAAGGAUGAAACUCUUCAAUGGGAUGACCCGCUAUCCGAAAUGGUAGGUGAGGAAUGGCGAAAGUUUUACGAGCAAAUCCCAGUAUUGAACGAUGUACGGGUUCCACGUCGCAUAUGGCGCGACAAUCUAUGUGAGAAGUCAGAUAGAGGAUGGCUCGGUUUCGGUUCAUCUGUUGACCUCGAAAUCACGGGUGGCGCCGCUCAAGACGCAAUCUCUACCACGAUUGGAACUCUGCGAAGCACUGUUGGCAGCACAACUCUGGGAAAAGGUGGCAGAAUUGCUAAAGAUAGAGGACAGGGUUUAUUUCUGGACGGACUCGACCUGCGUCCUUCAUUGGAUCAAGUCAUCGCCAGGAAAUUGGACUACUUUCGUCGCGAACAGGAUUGCGAAGGUUCAACGGGAGUAGACAAAUGGAGGCAUGUUCCAGGGAACACCAACCCAGCAGACUUGAUAUCGCGUGGAAUACUACCGAACAACAUCCGUGACAAUGAACUGUGGUGGCAUGGGCCCACAUGGUUAAAGCAAGACCCCGGAGAGUGGCCUGUAGCCACGGAAGCACCACCGAAGGAAGAAUUGGAAAAGCGACGCAACGUGGUGGUUUGCGCUUCGUCGAAGGAGUCCAAUUUUCUCUCGGAUUAUCUAAAACGACGGCGCCGGGAAUAUCUGUCACAACUUCAAGCUAGAGGGAAGCACUGGCAGCCGGCAAUAGAUGUGAAGGUAGGAAGGCUGGUUGUCAUCGUCGAACCUAACUUACCACCUAAGCAGUGGAAGAUGGGCCGGAUUCAGGAACUACACCCUGGCGCGGAUGGAAUAACUCGAGUGGUAACGCUAAGAACCUCAACCGGGUUCAUGAAAAGGCCGGUAGCCAAAUUGUGUGAGCUGCCAUUGCAGAAGCAGGAAGAUUAG